AUGUUGUUCCAAGAUGAACCAGAUGAACAAAAUAGUCCUGGUCUGUUCAAUGAUGAGGGAGAAGAGUGUUGUGCCGUCCUGUUUCAAGAUGAACCACCAGAGCAAGAUAGUCAUCAAAACAGGGGACGGGCUUUACCACGUGUUCCGCAUGAUGCUGGGCUAGUUCUUUUGCGGGAUGAGCCAGAUGAAUGCGCCUAUGGGGGUUCACAGGGGCUUUUUGCAGUGGAGCCAGAUGAGCAGGAUGGCGAUUCAGAUGAUUCAGCAUACAAUGCAGAUGCUGAGGAGCAAUCUGAUCCUGCUCAGCAAGCGUUGGAAAGAUUGGCUUCUUUGUUGACUGGAACAUGCAAGUGCAAGGAGGGGUCGUGUUACAAAGAGCUGUCCUUAGACGAGGUUCAACAUUUCAUGGACCAGUUUGAGAAGCAUACCAAACGUGAACAGGAUUGCAUCUUAUAUCUUGCAGCUGAUCUCGGAACGCCUGGUCGCAGAGAAUUUCAUUUCUUGGGACACUACAUGAAACGGGUCUGCUGGGAAUCUCUUUUGGGCCUAUCCAGCCACCGUGUCGACAGGAUUGGUGCCCUGGAUAUGAGAUAUGGCGCCCACCCACGAGCAUCCAAAUUAACAGCCUCGGUUGAUGCAUUUUGCAUGGUCCUUUACAACUCUGUGGCUGAACCUCUCCCGAACAAGUUUCUGACCCUGCACUUGGUGACAUUGCGCUUGGAGUUUGACCAAAUUGUUUUUCAAUGUGUUUCUUUUGCUGCAGACAUUUUGAACUUAGGUUUGUGCGGCUUGGUCCUGCAAAGGUAUGGCACCUUUGUGCGCCACUGGAAUCAGAAAUGGACUCUGAUCUUGAAAUUUCGAGAUCAGAACAGCUUCUCUCAAUGUGACGUCUGCCAAGAACUGAAGCAACAGUUUCAAAACAAGGAAGUUUCCAUGGAGGUCAGGCUUGGCGCCUUGAAGCUGUAUCGGAAACACUUGGUGGAGCAGUAUGCCGACAGAUGUGCAUGGUGGAGCCUCAAGGACAUCAGUGGAGAGUCGAUGAGUCGCACAAUGACCAUAAUGACAGAUGGUGCAGACCAAGCAAAGUACCAAAUCCCACGCGACCCUUCACUACGGUCGUGUUACCGUGCAAGCAAGCUGCAGCGCCCGAAGUUGAAGAUUCACGGUUCGUGGUGCUUUGGGUUUAAUUUGCAGUUGGCGAUUCUGGAAGAGAACACCACGCACGGCAGCGCUUUGGUGGUGGAAUUGCUUGCAAUUACAAUCGAAAAGGUGAUGGAACAUUGCAGGCUGACUGGCCAGACCGCCCCAGACACAUUGGCCAUUAUUGGCGACAAUACAGUGAAAGAACUGAAAAACAGUAUUUGCAUGGGAUACGUAUCAAAUCUUAUCAAUCAUGGCAAACUUCGGCUAUUUGCUUGGCAUUUGGGAAGAUUUUGA